GCUCCCGCUGGGUCUCCUUCAUGCGGCGCACGGUUGCAGGGAUCUGACCCGGAGCGAGCGAAGGCCGGCAGCUCCGCGCCCGGGCCAAGCGUAUGUUCAGGUCCAAACGGGCAGGGCUUGUGCGGCGGCUUUGGAGAAGCCGGGUCUUUCCCGACGGAGGCGGAGAUGGUGGCGGCGGCGGCGGCGGCAGCCUCAGGAAGAGCCGUGAGCGAGGCGGCGGCGGCGGGAGCCCGGAGAAGCCGCCCUCGAGCGCCAGGCGAGCGGUGACCGGCGGAGGCGCCGUCGAGGAGCCGGGCGCUUUGGAGCGGCCCAUGGCGCACGGCGAGGGCGACCCUCCGGCGCCCGCGGAGGGGGAGGCGGCGCGGGAGGAGGAGGAGGAGGCGGCGGCGGCGGCGGAGGAGGGCAGCCGCAGCGCCGCCGAGGGGGCGAGCCCGUGGCGGGCGCAGGAGAGCGACGGCAAGACCGUGACGUGCUGCCUCUUCACCGAGAGGGAGCCCGACGGCGCCUGCCCCGGGCCCCGGGAGCUGCCCGCCCGGGAAGGGCGCUCCAGACUGUCGCUGGCGGAGCAGGAGCUCAAGGCCGUCACCUACUCGCUGCUGAAGCGCCUCAAGGAGCGCUCCCUCGACAGCCUGCUCGAAGCCGUCGAGUCCCGCGGAGGGAUGCCCAGCGGCUGCGUGCACGUCGCCCGCGCCGAGGUGCGCCUGGGCGGCCAGGCGGCUCCCCCGCACCUCCUGUUGGGCAAGCUCUUCCGCUGGCCCGACCUCCAGCACCCGGCCGAGCUGAAGGCCCUUUGCGAGUGCCGGAGCUUCGGCCUCCCCGACGGGCCCACCGUGUGCUGCAACCCCUAUCACUUCAGCCGCCUGUGCGGCCCAGAAUCUCCACCCCCUCCUUACUCCCGGCUGUCUCCAAAUGAUGAGCAAAAGCCACUGGAUCUUUCGGAUUCCACGUUGUCCUACACUGAAACAGAGGCUACGAACUCGCCCAAUAUCACCCCCGGAGAAUUUUCAGAUGCCAGUAUGUCACCUGAUGCUAUUAAACAAAGCCACUGGUGCAACGUUGCCUACUGGGAACAUCGGACGCGUGUCGGGCGCCUCUACACAGUGUACGAACAGUCUGUCAGUAUAUUUUACGACCUACCUCAAGGAAACGGCUUCUGCCUCGGACAACUGAACCUGGAGAACAGGAACGAGACUGUCCGGCGGACGCGAAGUAAGAUUGGAUAUGGGAUUUUGCUCAGCAAAGAACCAGAUGGCGUAUGGGCGUACAACCGCAGCGAACACCCCAUCUUCGUCAACUCCCCAACACUGGACAUUCCCAACUGUCGGACUUUGAUCGUGCGCAAAGUGAUGCCUGGCUAUUCGAUAAAGGUCUUUGAUUAUGAGAAAUCUUGCCUCUUACAGCACACCACUGACUUGGAAUAUCCCGACGGGCCUUACGACCCGAACAGCGUCCGGAUAAGUUUUGCAAAAGGCUGGGGUCCCUGCUACUCCAGACAGUUUAUCACCUCUUGUCCAUGUUGGCUAGAAAUCUUGCUCAACAACAGCAUCAGAUAGCCGCCAGCCUUUGAGGAGAGCGAAGAGGAACACAGACUAUCCCAAAAUAUCAUCUACCUAGAUUUAAUAUAAAGUUUUAUAUAUUAUAUGAAAAUAUAUAUUAUACUUGUAAUUAUGGAGUCAUUUUUACAAUGUAAUUAUUUAUGUAUGGUGCAAUGUGUAUAUGGACAAAAAACGGAAAAUGCACUUUGGCUUAUAAGUCUUUCAGUACAGUUUUUUUUAUAGGAGGAAAAAAUAUACAGCAAAAAUUGGAACAGCACCAUGUUUUGGCUGUAUCGUUUUUUAAAAUAGUAAUACCCAGACAAAAAGCUAA